GCGCAUUCCAUCUCGGCGACUCGAGUAAUACAUUUCUUCUUCUCUGUAACCCAACAGAGAUACUGCACUCGCUGUUUCUUACACCUUCAUCAUUGCUUCACAGUCUGAUUUUGUAUCUUCUUUGUAAAAAAGAGGAAACAGUAGAUUAGGAGCUUUUUUGAAAGGGUCAGAGAAUUACGAAGUGCGCGCGUACAUCUCAUCAGGAUGAACGGGGUUAACGGCCACUAUGGCCAGCCAAAUCCCUGGCAAGAGUAUAAAAGUCCCGAUGGACGUGUUUACUAUUACAAUUCUAUUACUAAGGCGACGCAAUGGACCAAGCCAGAAGAUUUGAUGUCCCCGGCUGAGCGCGCCCUAGCGAACCAGCCAUGGAAGGAAUACACCGCCGAGGGUGGUCGCAAGUAUUGGUACAACACCGAGACGAAGCAAAGUUCUUGGGAAAUGCCUGAGGCUUACAGAAAAGCAUUGGGUCACGAGGGUACACCCUCGACACCCGCAUCAUCUACACCAUUUACUCCUAACUCUUCGUUUCAAAACUCGAACUACGACCAUCAUCGCGAACACCGAGAACCCUUCCCCGAAUCACGUCAAUUAACGCAUAGUAGCGACCUACGCGCCCAAGCAUUUGUCCCCGCGAGCAACGAACCCGAAUAUGCUACCCCCGAGGAAGCCGAAGCCGCCUUCGUGAAAUUGUUGCGCCGCAGCGGUGUACAACCAGACUGGACAUGGGAACAAACCAUGCGAGCCACUAUAAAAGAUCCCCAGUACCGUGCCAUCAAGGAUCCCAAGGAUAGAAAGGCUGCCUUUGAAAAGUAUUGCCAAGAUAUGAUUAUUCAAGAUAAGGAGCGCGCAAAGGAUAGGCUAACCAAACUGCGAGCCGAUUUUGCUACUAUGCUCAAGAGUCACCCCGAAAUUAAGCAUUAUACGCGUUGGAGGACUGCUCGUCCUAUUAUCGAGGGCGAAACAAUCUUUCGUUCCACUAAUAACGAAGACGAGCGACGUCAAUUAUUCGAGGACUACAUAGUCGAGCUUAAGAAGGCCCACGUCGAGAGUCAGGCUAGCAUUCGUAAGAGCGCCAUGGAUGGCCUUAUUGACCUUCUUCCCAAGCUUGACCUUGCGCCUUAUACGCGAUGGUCCGAAGCGCAAAAUAUCCUCAAGGCGACUGCUCCGUUCCAGAAUGAUGAAAAGUAUAAAGCUCUAACCAACUUUGAUAUUCUCACUGCCUUCCAAAAUCACAUUAAAUCCUUGGAAAGGAGCUUCAACGAGACCCGCCAGAACCAAAGAAAUAAGAAACUCCGCAUCGAGCGUAAGCGACGAGACGGAUUCACGGACUUGCUCAAGGAACUCCGUAAAGCCGGCAAGAUCAAGGCAGGGACGAAGUGGAGCCAAGUUUACCCCCUAUUAGAGAAUGAUGAACGCUUCAGGGUUAUCUGUGGCCAGGCUGGAUCGAGCCCACUCGACUUGUUCUGGGAUAUUGUUGAAGAGGAGGAACGUGCUCUGCGCACAACUCGAAACGACGUACUUGAUGUUAUGGACGACAACCGUUUUGAGUUCACCCCCAAGACUACUUUUGAGGAGUUUUCUUCUGUACUCAAGAAUGAUCGGCGCACUGCUAACAUUGAUGGUGAUAUACAAACGUUAAUCUUCGAACGGCUCCAAGAGAAGAAAUCCAAACGAUCCGAUGAGGACAAGCACUCUGAACGCCAACAGAGGAGAGCCACUGAUGACCUCCGUUCUUAUAUCAAGCACAUAGAACCACCAGUUGCCGCAGAUGAUACCUGGGAAAAGGUUCGACCUCGUCUAGCUCGCGCGUCCGAAUUUCAAGCAGUCAAAUCCGAGGAUGCCCGCCGCGGUGCAUUUGAGAAAGUUCUUCGCCGAAUUCGAGACCGAGAGGAGGAAGACAGAGAUCGCCACAAGCGUCGCGAACGAUCUCCUGAUCGCGGUACGUAUCGAGAGAGAGAAAGAGGAGAUCGUUCUCACCGUAGUGAUCGCGCACGACCGUCAAGGCACAGCCGUAGUCCGGAGCCCGACGCUUAUGAAGCGGAUCGCCGCAAGGCCAUUGCUGAACGUGAGAAAAAUUAUCGUAAGUCUAGCAUGGCUGAGAGUUUGCUAUCUGACCGUCGGACAUCGGAUACUUAUCGAGAACGCGAUGUCCGUGACCGAGAACGCGAGCGUGAACGGGAUAGAGACUACCUGCCUCGAUCUCGGCGUGAUGAACCACCGAGUCAUUAUGACAGAGAAAGGCGAGAUCGUGAAGAAGAGCGCGAGCGGCUAUAUCGUCGCCGCGUCGAGCGAGGCCCUGUUGAAGAGCUACCUUACGGAGAUGAGCGUCCAACUUCGUCUAGACGUCGGAGAGCCGAAGACGACGACGAUCUCGAACGUCGCGACUCAAGAGACUCAAAGAGAGUAAGAAGAGAGAGGACACCGCGUGAGCGUUCCCCCCAUCGUGAUACUCGUCCCAAAACUAGGACUCCACCAGCAGCAGCAGCACCAGCACCAGUAGCGGCACCAGCUCAACCACCUCCAAAGGAGGAUCCUGGAGUACACUCUGGUAGUGAAGAGGGUGAAAUCGAGGAAGAUUAGCGGCUCGGUGAACAUUUGAAUGGCGUCCCAAUCCUCACUGAUGCAACAUUGAACUGACGAAGUUCGGAUUCUCACGCCCGACAUAUCACUAGAACUAUGAAUUUAUUCCAAUACCCUCGUCCAUGGGCAUAUUCGAACAAGGAUAGGCCCCGUCAAUACCAAGCUCAAGGUUAAUUCAUAGUACGUGUGUCAACUUCUGGCUACGUUCUUAGGACUUAGAUGACUUGGGAAAUCCGGAUGCAGCUCCGAUUCAUAUCUCUCUCCCUCUUACUAUUACCGUCUACUUCAAAACCCCAGGCAACACUAGCAAACGCCGAUAAUGCGAAAAAAGGGAAAAAAUGAAACAUAAUUUUUUCUGUGUACGUCCAAUGAUCGAUAUCGACCUAAUCAUUGUUUCAUUUUCACGCAAAACGGAGUGUCUUCUCACAUUUCCGCAGGAUCCUCGCUUAGGGAAGAAACAGGUGUUAGCCCAACGUUUAGAUCGGCUCGGGCCCGAAGAUGUCCAUCCGCGUACUAUUUUUCUUUUAGGAAUACGAUUUCCGGUGUGUAUCCUCUCCCUCCUUUAUCCUAGUAGAGAAAAGUCGAUGGCUUGGUAGAUAUCUACAUAGCUAGCUUAAUAACUUUGAUUUCGCAUGCA